GGCUGUUUAGGAUAAAUUUUGUGCCUUAAUUACUUACAAUAGAAUGCAAGCUGUCAACCCUGAAAUUUUUAAGACGAUCGAUGUGUUUUUCACGCUUCUGCAAAGUCCGAUCGUUAGUGAACAAAUGACCGUAGAAAACAUGAUACAAGCUUUUAAUUGUGCCUAUUUCAUUGAAGUUGCAAUUAAAAAAAUACAAGCUGAGAAGAAAAUAUUGACAUUUGAAGAAUAUUUGCGUUGCAAAUCAGAACGAAAAUUAUUUCCACAAAAUCGGAAUAUCACAUGCUCUGAUUUGGAAAAAGCUUGUGAUAAAUUAUUAGAACGUUAUUUAAAGGAUAGUUACAUUCCCACUGAAAUAGUAGAUGAAUAUUUAAAAUUGUACAGUCAACAUUUUGGUUGUGAUAGAUUAAAUGCUUUUUUGAAUCAAGUAAUAAGUAAAUCCCUUGCUACAAAUAUGAUUAUAGAGUCUUUAGAAGAAUUAGGAGUACCACUGUCUAAUAUGGAAGAUGAGGCAUUAAUUAUGACAUGGCAAAUGGCAAUAGCUAAUAAAGAUCAAAGUGAAGUAGCGAAAUGUAUAAACAAGAUGUUAAGUGAUGGUCAUGUUUCAAAAUUGGUGCAUUUAACAAUAGAAUCGCAUGAUGAUGUAAUUAGAAAAUUAAUUAUACAAAUUUUUAGUUCAAAACUAAUUCACUAUGAUCCCGAAAUAUGCAUAGCUUUUGCAAAUACUGAGAAGAAAUUACUUUUAAAAUUACUUCAAGACAAUUGCUUUUGCAUAGAUUUUAUUGAUGCAAUAUUCUACUUUGGUCGAAAUAUGUACUUGGUAGAUGGAAAGUGGUGCUCAGAUUUUAAAUUUGAAUAUAAACAUCUUUGCAAAAUAAUGAAAAUUUUAUUAGGUGGUCCUCGUGUAAUUUGUGAACUUGUAUACAAUAGAAUAUCUGCUGUUAAAACUCAACCAGAUAAUGAGAUAUGGAAUAAUAUUGAAACAGAUAUCUUGAGUUGACUUUACAGAUUUAAUAUAUGAUUUGUAACAACAAAUUAUUUUUGUACACAAUUUGUAAGAAAAAGGAAUAAAUAAAUUGCUUCUAUUGCAAAUAAA